GCUUACUGAUUACGUUUCAUUGCUUACGUUUUUUUGUGUGCCAUGGCCUUUACUGCUAACGUAUUUUUGUGUGCCAGGGUCCUGCAGCUAAUGGCAGAGAACUAGACGUGAACACUUAUGUCUAUCGUAGUCGUGGAUGUAAAGAAAGGCAAAGAAAAACGUAUAUGCAAGUCUGUGCAAGUUGUACAAGGCCAUUGUGUGAUUGCGGAAAGUGCAUCGAACGAUAAAAUUUAUCUUUUUUACAACCGUUACUAAGAGUAAUAUAAAAGAAUGUCUGAUCAUUUAAAUUACUGCAAUACUAUUGCUAAUUUGUCAGAUAAAAUCAGUACAGACUGCAAUAAUGGUUGUGAAUCUGCAUCUAUUGAUAUUGAAGAAAAGAGUGGCGAUGAGCUUCUCAUUGAAUUAUAUAGAGAACGUCCAUUUUUAUAUGAUAAAAAUAAUACCAGUUUUAAGGAUUGCUUGAUGAAACAAAAUGCUUGGAUUGAAAUAUCCAAAAUAAUGACUCAAAUUAAUGGUGACAUAUACACUCCUUCAUAUUGUCAAAAAAGAUGCAUCUCAUUAAGGGAUCAAUACAGCAGAGAGAAAAGAAAAGCUGAAACUGAAUUGAAAAAUGGAAGUGCUGCUGCUAAAUCUACUCGAUUUACUUUUUUUUCACAAUUAGCAUUUUUAGAUCAUGUCAUUAAAAGACGAAGACGCUACACUAAUUGUGCAAAAUUUCAUUCAAGUAUUAUAGUUGAUGAAGAUAGUACCUAUGAAUCACAAAGUGCUACCAAUGAAUCAAGCAAUGAAGAAAAUGAAAAUGUAUAUAAGCAGCACGUUCAUAAUAUUAAAAAUGUUAAGAAAGAAAAUGAACUACCAAAGCUGAAAAAACGAAAAGUGAAUGAAACAAGGGAAUUAGAACAAACAUUAGUGCAAAUGAAUCAUAGAAUUUCAAAUUAUAUGGAAACAAAGGUUUCAACAGCCGAUGAUGCUUUCAUGGAAUUUAUAAAAGUGCAGUUUAAGAAUAUUCCAGAACAGGAAAAAAAUAUAAGAAGAAAAAUGAUUAUGGAUGUUCUGACUCUACCAUUAGAAAAACUCCAUCAAAAAGAUUGCAAAUGCAAUACUCUUUUCAAGAAAUUGCUAAUAAACACGUUUUCACAUUAAAUAAUCAAUCCAUGUAAAUAAUUAUUAUAAUAUAUAAAAAAGAAAUAUAUUCAUAUUGAUCAUGUUCAAAUUAUACGUUUUGUAUGUUAGUAGCGUGAG